AUGCGCAGCCGUGGCAUAACCAGGUUUCAUGUGAACCAUCGCGCAAGAAGCCCAAAAAUCUUCCGCAAGAAGAACGGCAUGGUCAAGGCGCGCCAAGACAAGGAGCUGCGUGACAAGCUACGCGCCGAGCAGGCUGAAAUUGAAGCCGAGCAGGCCGCCAUGGUGGAGGUUCCCGAUGACGUCGCCUUCGUUGACAGUGAGCUCGAGCUCCCACCUGGGUACUCCAUGGCAGAGUCCCUCCCGAAGACCGACCAAGCGAAGGAAGAUGUGUGA